UCGAAACCUUUAAGCCCAUUAACUCUGCACCCUGACAUAUAACCACCCUGAAUUAUGAGCAUUCUUUUUUGUGGGAAACUGUUCAAUCAGACAAAAUCAACAAAGACGCACAUUUAGCCAAUGUUUCCACAAGGUCAAAUUGGGCUUGGUACGUGUUUCCUUUUUCCACUGUGCAGUAAUCAAAGGGUGACGACAUGGAUCAUAAGAUAGGAAGCCCCCGUUCAUUUGAUGGAUGUAUUUCAUCAUUUGCAGAUCGAGAACGGUCAAAGGAAUUGACCAGUUUUCAAUUGAAUCAGACGUAGAAUGUCUUUUGAGGUUUGCCUUUCUUUUUCCAAGGCAUUCACAGUGGACCUUCCCAGUUGUGACAAGAUGCCUUUCGAGAUUACGAAAGCGCACGCCAAGUCCAAUAGGAUUCGUCGCAUUCAAUGUGAGAAUGGCCUGUUUCUUGAAGUGCUUUGCGAUGGCUCAGUUCAAGGAGUCAGACACAAGAAAACGGACUAUGGUGUUUUUCAUCUGUAUUCAGUUGGGCCUAACAUGGUUGUAAUUCGAAAUAUUUCCACCGGACUCUAUCUUUCUGUGGAGGAGUCUACCAUCUCCACUAGGGAAGACUUUGGCAAUUGUUGUGUUUUCUUGGAAAUUCUUUCUGAAAGCUAUUACGUAUACUACACCCCACUGAACAAAGAUCAAGACACGUCUUUGGUUCUAGUGCUGGACAGCAGUGGGAAGUCUGGGUUACAGAAUCUGCCUGAUGGCGUCAGUACUCCUGGACUGAGUGGAACUCUAUUCAAAACUCUCACUUUACCAGAACAGGAGCACGUGCACUUUUGUGUUAUGGCAAGAUCAUUAGACUCCUGAUUUGACGAAUCUUGCAAUGCCAACAGUUGAAGCAUCGACAACAACAAGAACAACAACCAACAGCAACACCGCUGACACCGACAACAACAACAAAAGCAUCGAAUAAUGUAUACGCCACUUUGCAUAUGUACAAUGAGUUGGCGUUGAUUUGCAGCGAGUUUUCAUUCUGCAUGGUUUGGCUCUAUACGUAAUCGGACGUUUUAGAUCGAUAAUACGUCAAUGGCAACUGAAUGACGUUCCUAUGCUUAUCGCGAUGCCAUAUUCCUGUUACUAGACGCAAUCCUCCAAGAUUCAUACGCUCAAAUGUUUCAAUCUCUAUUUGUUCAAGUCAAGCAACGGAAAUUUCAAGUAUUGAAGCGACAUAAAUCGUAUUGCUGGUUCAACUCUUACAACAUUCGUUUUUAUAUUAGCUUAUAGUACAGUCAUAUUCAAUUGUAUAUAGCAAAGUGUAUAAACUUAACAACAUAGUCGACUUAUUCCACACAAAGAGAAACAGUGUCUUACAAUAAUAAUUUAGAUGAUGAAAAUAGUGAUGAUGACAAUUGUCAGUUUUAGCUUCAGUUUCAGAAUGCCUUGCCAAGUUUCUAAACCUAUAAUUCUUUGUGUUGGAUGGUUAAAUUUAUUUCUAAAACCAUAAUUCGUGAGAAUUGGGAAAUUGUUUGUGAAUGACUAUGGAAUGUAUGACCUUGAAAUUCGUAGAUGUUGCGGCGUAUGAUAAAAGGAUUUCAUUUCAUUGUAAAAUUGAAUUUCUUAGAUAUACUAAGGAGAACGACCUUCAAAGCGAUUUAGUAUAAAAAUGAACUUUAGUGUUUGUAUCAUUAAUCUGUUUCAAGCAGUUCAAAGUUGUACGUUUAUCAGUUAUUUUGAACCGUAAUUGGAAUCACUGUCUCUUGAAUUUUGUAGCGAGAGUACGAUUUCUAGAUAACAUAUAACUUAAUAAAUGUAAACAAAUUUUUAUCAAAGGUAGUUGACCUGGAAAAACUGAUUCUAAGUUCCUCAUUGCUUCAGACUUGGGAAAACAUUAAACAGGAGGACAUUUUCCAAUAACGAACACCUCUCAAUAACACAGACCUUCCAAAAAAGACAACUUUUGACAAGGGACGAGCUCAAUGAAUUAUACCUACAAGUACAGCCAAAUAAUUUCGUCCAAGUAUCUUUUGACAAAACCUUGAACCAACUUCAACGGUUAAUCUUGUCCCAUGAGUCACCCACGGGAAGACAUUUUUGGGGGUGAAGGGCUCGAAAUUUCCCACUGACAAAGGUCAAUUCUAAUUUUGUAUGAGGGCCUAAUAGUUUUUUACAAACAAAACCUUAUUAAUUGUCUCGUAGAUGAUUAUUCAGCUGUAUGAUAAAGUUUCUAGAUAUCGUAAAUUUGGAAGAUCGAGCAUAACGACUGUUAGUUUAAUUAGUGCAUCAAAACAUACGUAGUCCAAAAAUCAGAUGUUAAUUUUUCUCCUUCUACGACUUGCCCAUUGCUCCACUAUCUUAUCUAGAUUUACGUUGUCCAAAAUGUCCUUCUCGCAAGUAAGAAUCAUGAGGUCGUUUAGUCUUUUAUCGGUCGAUCUCGAAUGGAGAAGUUUUCGACUAUUUCAUAUCCUGUUUUUAGAAGCAAUUCGAUGAAAUGAUUAUCACACUAUCCCCAUUACCACGAAUGUAGUUGAAAAUACUUGCAUUUUAAUACCUAACUUCGUUUUUUCUGUAUUGCGUUGCCUCUCAUUCUUUUUAGAACUGCCUUUUACCAAACAACUUUUUUCUUUUGAACUUAAACCUUUCUUAUGCUUCUCUUUGAGCUACAGUUU